AUGUGUAACACGGAUGGAGAGCUGGAUGCUUGGAGAAGAGGGUUUGGUGGGGACACCAGGUGUCUGGUGGGCACUGAGUUUGCCUUAUCCUUGUCUUCCCCUCUCCCUGAUUUCUGCUCUGCUGCCCCAUCCCAGUGCGAGGAGAUGAAGGCCACUGUGCAGAAAUGUGUGCAGAGCCCACGGCACAGCAAGGAGGCCCUGAAUAGACUUAACCAAGCCAUUCAGCAGCUGAAGACAGAGCCCCGUGAACCAGAGAAAGCCAAAGAUGUGGAGGCCCUGCAGGAUGUGGCCUCAAGCAGCGCUAAAGGUAAACUGGCCUGGCUGGAGGCUGCCCUGCAGAGGGCCAAGCAGGAGAUGGCGCGGCAGCUGCGUGAGUACCAGGAGCUCAUGAUCGUCAAGCUGGGCCUGGACUUCGAGAUCGCCACCUACCGCAGGUUGCUGGAGGGCGAGGAGCAGAGGCUUUGUCUGGGACUUGGGGCAGGGAGUGCGGCUCCAGGCAGCGAUGUCGCCGCCGCCGCUGGAGGUCCCGGAGGUCCCGGAGUCUGUUCCCGUGGCCCGGACAUGAGCGCCCCCAGCGGGCUGUGCGCGCUCUGCAGCUCCGCGGGCUGUGUCGGCUGCCUUGGCUUCCGCGAAUGUUGAACCCUUCCCUCCCCCGCUUCCCUCCAGAGAAGACUAGGAAGGCAUGCUUCUGCCCAAAGACUUGGCCCUCUUGUCUCAGAUUCCCUCGCCCACAGAGCGGGUCCUCA